AGUCGACGUCGGUCUGUACAUCGAGUAUCACGUGUAUCUGUUACCCAUCUGUCGGUUCGAAAGGAGCACAGAGGACGAAGGAAGUUUUUGAUCCGAAAGUGUUUGUCGUGCAUGAAGAAUCGAGAAAAAAAGAAAAAUCCCUCUCAUUGUGUUCUCAAAUAUCAAGUGGAUGGGAUCAAAAGCUUGUGGUGGUGAUGGCAUCGAGCAGUAAUGAUUGAAAAUUCGCCGUGAGAACGAAAGUGAUGAGAAAAAUCUCCCUCUAAUUAAUCCUCUGUGUGAAAUUGGGAGUCUGUUCAAAUAGACUCCAGGCACAAGAGGGUGUGCAAGAAAAGUAACAAAAAAGUGUGAGGGUUUGAGAGAAAAGCAAAAAAAAAGAGGAACCGCAGAAACUCCAAAAGAGUUUUGUGCAGAGGGCUUUUUCUGCAGGGUGGUUGAAAAUAAAAUAAAAAAGCGGAGUGUAUGUACAAACACUGAGACAAUUUUCAACACUUGCCAACCCCCUGAGCGAGCAGUGGAUGUGAUUUCUUUUGAUAAGUUACCCAGACCCAAAGCGAAAAUUACUCUGUUGUGUGCCAAAAACUUUUGAAGCUCAACACCACAUAAAACCAACAAGAGACAUUUACGGUGCAGUGAAUUUUCUCUCUAACCCUUUUGCUUCCAUUUGACAAUUUUCCGCAUUCGCACACACCUUUUUUUCCACACCCCCCGCUCUUCUCUCCAUAAGAGGGGGUAGAGAAAUCUGAGCCUGUGUGUUGACUGAGAGUCUGUGAAUUUGUCCACGGGAACAUUACAUGCGCCCACCCUCCCUGUCAACUACCCCCAGUGCCGUGACAAAGGAAAGUGAGACCAAAUUCUUUUUUAUUAUAUUUUUUAACUUUCCGUAAAUUUCGUGUUCACCAAAAGAAAAAAAAUAAUAAAUCACACCAAACGGGCAAAUUUUCAUCAGAAAUUUUCGAAGAGAAAAGUGUUGCAAUCAUGAAGAGGUCAUCAGUCACCGGACGCCGUCGAGGUGCGUCAAUUUUGCGCCCAGCAAUUUGCAUUAUGGUCAUUCUCGUGGCCGCAGACACCCUAUUUACGGAGGCAGGAAAUUCAAAUCGCGGUAACAACAACAAACCCACGCAAUCAACGCUAGCACCCAGAUUCUUAACACGUGGACACACCUACAGGGCCGUAGUUGGUGACACACUUAUGCUACCAUGCGAAGUGGAAAACUUGGGUUCAUAUGUGCUACUGUGGCGCCGGGGGACGAACGUAUUAACCGCUUCCAAUAUAAUGGUGACACGAGACGAACGGGUGCGAUUAAUUGAUGGAUACAAUUUGGAGAUAACUGAGCUGGAGCCACAAGAUGCUGGCGAUUAUGUGUGUCAAAUUAGUGACAAGAUAAACAAGGAUCAAGUCCAUACAGUGGAAAUAUUAGUGCCACCAAGUAUACGAGCUGUGCCAACAAGUGGUCAAUCGACAGCCCGCAAAGGUGGCUCAGUCACGUUGGAAUGCAAAGCUUCCGGGAAUCCUGUGCCGUCAAUCCACUGGACCAAGAAGAGUGGCAGUGCUACCGGAAGUACAUCCCCAACACGAAUUGGCGAGGGUCCAAUUCUCACACUGGAGCGCGUGGACCGCCAACAUGCUGGAGUUUAUCAAUGCACAGCGGACAAUGGGGUGGGUGAGCCUGUCUUCUUGGAUAUGCGUCUCGAUGUCUUGUAUCCUCCCGAUAUUGCGGUGGAAAAAUCCUGGGUGCAUUCAGGAGAGGGAUUUGAAGCUCAACUCGUUUGCAUUGUUCAUGCUGACCCACAGCCAACGGUGUCCUGGUUCCAGAAUUCCUUCCCAAUUCAGCCCACAGAUAGGCGUGUGAUGUCAUCGCGGGGAAAUAAGCACACUCUCAGCAUAAAGCAUGUACAAUCGGAGGACUUUGGUAAUUACAGCUGUGUGGCUGACAACUCCCUGGGGCGUGCCAAGAAGUACAUGGAAGUAUCUGGUCGUCCAGGCCCCGCUGAGUUCAUUUCGCCGCCAUGGAGUAGGUUUGUGGAUUCUUACAACAUGACGUGGAAGGUAAUGAGCUACCCACCACUUCAAGAAGUUCGACUUCUCUACAGGAAGUUGCUGAUGAACGACACAUUCCAGCAGCCAGGUCGAUGGCAUGACGUGAUCCUGACCCCAACGCCAAGAUCUUCACCGGAACCCAGUGAGCACAUAAUGUCAUUCCACCUGCGUGGUCUUCAGCCAUCUUCGGUGUAUGAAGGGAUUGUGCAGGCAAAGAAUCGAUAUGGAUGGAAUGAGGUGAGUGACAUAUUUCAAUUCUACACACAACGAAGCUCCUCGGAGCCACGACUCGAGGAUAUGGAGCUUGUGGCGAGUUCAACAUCACGGAGUAGAGGUAGUAGCACAGUUACCAAGAGGACGCUCAAUUCGUGUCAGCACUUCCUUGUGGGUGUCCUGACAUUGCUACUUACCACCCACUACACCCUCGGUCACGUGUGAGGAGCCAUCCGAUAAAUCUGCAGCACUUCAUAUUGCCGAGGAUAAGUACUAAAUUUUAGAAUUUACAGAGAGAGAGAGAAAGAGAGAGAAAAUAGUGCGAUAGAGAAAAUCCCUGAAUUGAAAAUAUUUUUAUUUAUAUAGAAAAUAAAUCCCAUUUUGCGAAUAGUUUUAACAAACAAACAAACAUCCUAUAAUGAAAACCCUUUUCAAUUUCUAAACCAAACUUUCUCACGUGAUUUUAAGAAAAUUCUCUACCUAUAAUAAAAUUAAAUAAAAGAAGAAAAGAAAACAUUUUAGCUCAUAAGACGCGUGUACGAAUUAUGCGAUGUUGAUUCUGUGAAAUGAUUCAAUAGAAAAAAAAUCCUUUUCGUGUACCAACAUCCUUCCCAAUCAAGUUUUAAGUGAUUAAAGGACAAAAGAAAAGUAUAUUAAAAAUCCUCCCCUAAAAAAUGGUCACCCAAUCGUUUGUAAUUGAAGUGAGAUAAAUGAAUUUGUAAAAGUAAUUAUUAAAAAAAAAAAAGAAGAAUUGUAUUUUAGAGAAAUAAGGAAUAAUUUUGAAAGAUUACAGACUUUAAAUAGAAUUAUAUAUAUUUGAGUGGGAAUACAAAGAGAAAAUAGAAAUACCGGAAUGAUUAUUAUGUCGGCACAAGGUGAGAAAAGAGAGCGAUAAAAAAAGACAUAAUGUAAACUGUUUACUAUCAUAAUAUUUAAGCAAAAAUGUAAAUAGACAAGUUGACUCAACCGGUAAAGCAAAAAAAAAGAAUAUAUAGGAAUAUAAUUUAAGGAGAAGAGGAAAAAAUGCAGAGAAUGAAAAUAAAUUAAACGUAAAUUUAAUUAUAAAAAAACACGCUACAAAAAUUCCAAGUAAAAACAUUAAUUAAUAAUUUCAACACUUCCGGCAAAAUGUGAGAUAAUUUCGUUACACCCCAGCACUACCAUCUCGCUUUUCGUGUGACGCAAUGCAAGUUAGUGAGGAGAAGAGAGUAAAUAUUCCUUUUUAUGUUGAAGGAGAAAAAAACCGGCAACAUCCGAAAGCCCGUGCUAGUUUAUUCGAAAUAGUUAAAGUUUCGUAGCAUGGAAACCAAACUGUGUGGAAGGGAAAUAGAGAUGAGAAUGUCUCACUAAUGAAGGUACUCUUUGGGUUGUUUCGGGAAGCAAGAGAGGAGCCCAAGGAAGCGAAACAUGUCAAUCAAAUUCAUUUAUGAUUGUCAAAUGAACACCAAAAGUUGAGAGCAAGGAAAGGUAACACAGCGACAUGAAACCUCCGGGAGUUUUUUUUUACCUUCAUUCCUUCGCAACGAGUCACUUUUGUUGAAGAAAAAGCGACAACUUCACCUGAAAUUGUUGAUUUUUUCCCAACGUUUUUUGCUGUGAAGUUGUAAAAUGGAUUCAUUUGAGUCUUAAAGAGUAUUUCUCGUGUAUAAAAAAUAUUUAAACAGGAAAUAAAUUCAAAAUAAUUUCAUAUUAAAUUACAUUUAGUCAGAAAAUAAUUAAUUUUGUAACAGUAAUAAAUUUUACUUUGCAAAAAAAAUCAUGACAAACUAUCUAAAUUUCGAUUAAAUUUUCGCUGAAGUUUAUAAAACUAUUAAUUCUCACCUUUCUCAAAAGCUCAACAGAGUGUCAAAAGUUCAGGACAAAGUGAUUAGAAAUUUCUCCGAAGAAAACCCUUUUGUUACCGCUAAAGAAACACAAAAGAAAUCAAAAAAUCACUCCCAAACAAUAUUAUUUGAAAUCAUAAAAUAAAUUGAAAGAGUUUUUUCCAUGAAAUUUUCUCCUCACUAACUUAACUUUUUUCGAAGGAAGAAAUUUCAGGAAAGAAUUAGAGAAACUUGUGAAAAUUAAUCUCAUAUAUGACAUCAUUGGAAAAGGCGUGGAAUGGAGAAAUUAUUAUGUGAUAAGAAUUCGAAAAUAGAGCUAGUUUGUUGGAAAAGUCAUAAAAUGAUGAAAACACCAUCAUUGAGUAAACAUCACGGGGACUUUGUAAAAAAAAAAGCAAAUAGCAUAAUCCACUAAAGGUUUAAUAGGUGAAGAAAAAAACUAUAGAAAUCACAAAUAAAAGUAAAUUUAGGAAAUAGAACCACAAGCACAUGAAUUUUGAGUAUAUUCAAUCCAUUAAAUCAAUUCCAAUUUCUUGGAAUUUCUCAACAAGUCUGUUAAUUUUGGGAAAGA